AUGUUAAGCGAUUGUUUCCUUUGCACUAACCGCUUUAUUCUUCCAGUGGGUUUUGACUCGAGUGGGCGAAUGCCGUGGCGGGCACGGGUCCCCGCAGUGUGUACCGGUUCGGCGCGGAAACCCGAAGUCAGUCACUACUUUCGAGUCGUUGUUGAGUUGGAGACUUCACACUCGACGAAGAAAACGCGAAUUUCGCUCGCAUGUACACCUCAAGAAACUUCGUCUGAAGGAGCUAUUUUUACCCCCACGCCCAUUCUUCGCCUCCCCCUUCCUUCCUUCCCUCCCUUCCUCCCCCCCUCCAGUAGACUUCGCUCCUCGGGGGUGUCGACGCGGGGUAAUCAGGCGUGGCAAAAAAAAGAACACACCAAGGACCAGACGCAGAGAGCAGCUUUGAUCUCCCAGCAGUCGCACCACCCACCCGCCCGACUCCCUUUCCCAAACGGAAUUGAGGGAACAGGCGCGCGUGGCAGCAACCCCGGCAGCUAUUCAGUCAGUGUACAUGGGGAGGACGCGUAUAAACUCACCAGCGCCAAAACGCAGCGCGGAAUCAAUCAGAUGAUAUCAAUCAGAGGUGGAAGGGCUUGUGUGGGAGAAGCUAGAUGCAGUGGGGACAAUUCGUUCACGUAUUUCAAGCUGAUACUGCCAAACGUCGCAAGGGAUUGUUGA